AUGGAAGCAAAUUUUUCUAUUGCAGAUUUUAAAAGAUACACAGUUCGCAGGGAUAAAAAAAGGAAGAUGAGGGCGAGUCUACAGCUAGUUCUGAUCCUGUCGGCUACCGUAUUCACGAAAGCUUACAGGAAGAAACCGCUGUGUGGAAUGUGCGAAGGACUAAUUGAGAAAGUUGAUGAAGUCUUGAAACAAGGAGGAGAUAUUGAAAAGGCAGUGGACGAAUUUUGCCGCGAAGAUGUGCCAACAUUCCUUGUUGACUACUGCGAAAAGAUUAUUUCGAAGAAUCUCAAGUACAUAAUUGAGAAGCUGAAGGACCACGACUCACCAGAGAAGAUUUGCACCGAUAUCUAUCUAUGUUGGGUUUGA